CUUUCUAGAACAAUUGAUGUAACCAUAGAGGAUCUAAGCUCUCACCUCCAACUGCAAAAGCCCACUUCCCCAAUAGAUAAAGUUCUAACAUUAUAGCUCACACAGUCACACUUUCCUAUUUCAGAUCCCAUCUCAAUUUUCCCGGACAUUUUUUCCCUUUCCUCUUGAAAUCUCAUCUUCAUCGCUAAAACAACCAAAUCCUCCUCAAAAAAAUUUAAAAUCAUUUUAUGAGAUUCAAAGUUAAAUAAAAUGGCAAAUGCAUGGAAAAAAGAAAACAAACAUUCAAAAUUUUUCACUUCAAAUCCACUUUUUCUUCUUCUACUAAUCUGUCUCUCACUUCUUCUUCUUUUCUUAUUAUUUACCUCUCAUUCUCAGUCUCAUUCUCAAAGCCCUAAUCUUUCAAUCUCACAAAUCUCAAAACCCAUAACCCUAACACAGUCCUUCAACUACCCAAUUCCUCCUUUUGAUUGUUUUAAGUCCCCACAAGCUCACCCAGUAGUUGCUAACUUAGUUGAAAAUGUAAAGUUUCCAUUUUUAUAUUCUUUGUCUGAUUUUGGGUCUUUGCCUGAUAAGCCUCACAAGAACAUUGUGAGGCUGCUUAAAGGUAAACCCUUUCGAAAGCCUGAUAUUUCUGUUACAAUUCAGGGAUUAUUAGAGGGUAAGAAAGGGAAAAAUGGGUUUGUUGUUGAUGUGGGUGCUAAUGUAGGUAUGGCUAGUUUUGCUGCUGCUGUUAUGGGGUUUAAAGUUUUGGCCUUUGAGCCUGUUUUUGAGAAUUUGCAGAGGAUUUGUGAUGGCAUUUGGUUUAAUAGAGUUGGGGAGUUGGUUACUGUUUUUGAUGCUGUUGUUUCUGAUAAGAUUGGGAAUAUUACUUUUUAUAAGCUGGUUGGCCGGCUUGACAAUAGUGCUGUUUCAGCUACUGGUGCAAAGCUGGCAUUCAAGUCAAAUGAAGAAAUAGCUGUUCAAGUUAGGACCAUUCCUCUUGAUGAUUUAAUUCCCGACUCAGAACCGGUUAUUCUGCUCAAAAUCGAUGUUCAGGGCUGGGAAUAUCAUGUUCUGAAAGGAGCUGCAAAGUUAUUGUCAAGAAAGAAGGGCGAAGCUCCAUAUUUAAUCUAUGAGGAAGACGAGCGGUUAUUGCAAGCCAGCAACACCAGUGCCAAAGAAAUCCGAGAUUUCUUACGAAGUGUGGGUUAUCAUCACUGCACCAUGCACGGUACAGAUGCUCACUGCAUCAAAGAAUAAUGAAGGGAAAUUUUGUCGUAAGAAAGAGUUGCCUAACUGGAACACUUAGUUUCCACAUGUUUUAGCCCGAGUAGCUUAAUCUGCAUAUUUGUUCAUUCUUACUGUUUGAAGGAAAGAUACGUAUGUAAAUUAUAAUCGGCCAGUGAUACCACUUCUCUAAGAAUUGGCAUAAUAUUGCUGAAAACUGAAAAGUGUGUGCAUUUUGGAACUUGGCAAUGCUGCUGAUACAACUGCCCAAUAGCUGAUGUUACCAGAAAAUGUUGGUAAGCUUAUCAGAAAAUAGUUUCUGAUGCCCGAUAGCUUAUAUUACCGAAAAAUGUUGGUUAACUUAAAAGAAAAUAGUUUCUGAUAGCUGAUUUUACAGGAAGACGUUGGUCAGGUUAUCAGAAAAUAAUUUUGUUUGUCUGUUGUAUUCAUUUCGAUGUGCAUUUUCAAGUUCUAUUGCAGCUUUUCAUGCACCGUGAUUCAUUAAUGUUUGUACUCAUGUAUAAAGUUUAUGCGCACCUUUUUUUUCCUCCAGAAGCUUCAUUUUAAGAAGCCUAUUCUUUUA